AUGCAGGGAGCUGCGCAGUCUCUGAGAGCCAGGAAAGCUGCCGAAAAGAAGGCGGCUAAGGAAAAAGCUGUUUUGGAGGCAAACUUUAGACCUCCUACUCCUCCCGAGGCCAGUCUUGAGGUCGUCGUUGGUGCCGAGGCGACUGAUGAAGCUCGGGAUAUGGCUUCGAUCGUGCCUGAGGCGGCCGGGCAUAUCUCCCCUACGACCAAUGUCCCCGAGGUGGUAGGGACCUCGGCUAUCGUCGCUCUAGGUGCCGAGGCGAAGGCUAAGGCGAAGGUCAAGAGGCCCCGAGGUGAUAGCUCGGGAGGUCGUAGGAAAGAGAAGAGGAGUCGUAACGAGGCUCCUAUCUACAAGGAUAAGAUAGCCUCUGCUACUCUUAUCGCUUCUUGCUCGGGUCCGACCCUAGCUGCGUCCGAGGCCUUGCUGGAGGCUGAAAAUUACCGCGAAACCGCUGCAGGGUUCCUAAAGGCUUUCCAUUCAAUGAACUGCAUGGUUCGAGCCUACAACUCUUCGAACCGGAAAUACGAGACUUCUCAAGCCGAGGCGGAGGUCAGGAUUGCCGAGGCCGAUGCCAGGAUCGUCGAGGCAGAUGCCAAAAAUGCCGAAGCGGAGGCCAAGAUUGCCGAGGCGGCGGCCAAGAUUACCGAGGCAGAUGAGGUCAGGCGGAAAGCCGAAGCGUUGGCCAAGGCAAAGAAGGUCGAGCGAUUGAAGAUGGCCGAGGAUGGUCUUCGCCUUCGUCGGAAGUUGGAGGCUGAAGCCAGGGCUAAUGCCGAAUUAAUUGCCGAUCUUGAAGGCGGCAAAAAUGUUGAAGAUGAGAAGGAGGAAGUACUCCAGUGGAAAGCGGAGUAUGGAGAUGCUGAGGAGGAGUUUGUGCGGAUUGGAACCGAGCUGCGAGAGGAUCUGAGGCUUCCUCCGGCUUCUCCAGAUUCUGUUGAAGAUAGUUUCGGAAACAGGUCAAUCGAAGGAGUUGCCGCGGGGAUCGGCAUUAUGGAUCAGGCGGGCACGAAUCUGAGUUCCGAAGCCGCACAUGUUCCGGAGGAGCAGGACGAAUAG